AUGUCGAAACCAAAGUUUGCCAUUUUAGACGACUACCAGGGCAUUGCAACCCCGUACUUUGCGCACCUCGAGUCACGCGUCGACAUUACCAGCUUCCCCGAGACCCUUGACCCGCGCGAUCCCACCCAACACGAUGCUCUCGUCCAACGCCUUCAACCCUUCGACGUGAUCCUCGCCAUGCGCGAGCGAACUCCCUUCGCUGCAAAGACAAUCAAGGCCCUUCCGAACCUAAAAGUCCUACUCACAACCGGCACACGAAACCUCUCCCUUGAUUUGCAGACCUUUGCCGACCAGGGUGUCCCCGUCGCGGGUACGGAGGGGCGCCCGCCCGGCGUGAACAGUACGGUACAACAUACCUGGGCAUUGAUUCUAGCCGCGGCGAGGAAUGUCGCGCGGGAUGACGCGGCAGUCAAACGGGGCGCAUGGCAAGGAUCUUUGGGAUUCACUCUUUCCGGCAAGAAGCUCGGCUUGCUCGGUCUGGGCAAGCUCGGCUCCCAGGUGGGGAAGAUCGGCAUCCAGUCCUUCGGCGUCGAGGUGAUUGCUUGGUCCACCAACCUGACCCAGGAAAAAGCAGAUGAGCAAGCGCUAGCGCAGGGUCUCCCCGUUGGCAGUUUUAAAGUGGUGUCGUCUAAGAGCGACUUCUUCGCGCAGGCCGAUAUCGUUAGUGUGCACAAUGUGCUUUCCGAGCGCAGUCGUGGAAUUGUGAGUGCACUCGAGUUGGCCGCCAUGAAGUCUACCGCAAUUAUUAUCAAUACUUCCCGGGGGCCAUUGAUCGAUGAGACCGCGCUUCUGGCUGCUUUGAAUGCUGGCCAGAUUCGGGGGGCUGCAUUGGAUGUCUUUGAUCCGGAGCCAUUGCCAUUGGACAGUCCAUGGCGCACUACUGCCUGGGGUCAAGAUGGACGUAGCGACGUGAUUCUUACCCCGCACAUGGGAUAUGGAGAGGAAGAUCUGCUGCGUGGGUGGUACAAAGAGGUAGCAGAGAAUCUAGAGCGAUGGUUAAAUGGCGAGGAAUUGUUACGAAGGAUGAACUAA